AUGGUUGAAUACAUGAAUUGGAACUGUUUGGGAUGUUGGGCAACUGUUGGAGUGUUGACUGAGAAGGGGACUAAAAGAACUAGUUCUACGGGGAAGAGCUAUGCGAUAUACAAAUUCGGGUGUUUGGAUGAAGAUACUGUUUCUGUUUUCUUGUUUGGUGAUGCUUAUGAGAGGAACUGCAAUGAGCCAGCUGGAAUGGUGUUUGCGCUGUUUAAUUGUAGCGUACGCAAGGAUGCUAAGGGUGCUGGUUUUUCUUUGAGUGUGUUUUCAGCCAAUCAUAUUGUGAAGAUAGGAACUUCUGUUGAUUAUGGAGUUUGCAGAGGGAAAAGGAAGGAUGGAAUGGCUUGUACUUUAGUCAUAAAUAAGCAGACUUUAACUGUUAUUUCCUCUAUUCCAAUUUAUCAGAAAGAAUCACAGAAAUAUUCCACUAUGCGAACUGAGCUCAAGGGAGGGAAUUUGAGAACAGGAUUUCGGAACCCAUACCAGCCAGAAGGAGUUUUUAUGGUCGAUCCUCUAGCUGACAGAACAAACUUGAACAAGCGAAAGCAGCCGGUGAAGCUAUUGUCUGUGGAAGGGCUUAAAAAGGCACUAAGUAAAGCGGAUAAAGUGACUACAAAUACACAUUCACAAGGAAUAAGGUUUUUGGCCAAGGUCACAGGGACAACAGAUCCAAACGAUGUGAUUAAACAGACAGCAAUGCAAAAGAAACAAACUUCUAUCUCAGAAAAGAGAAAAUUGUCUACCACAAACAUGGGUUCGUCUGCAGUCAUCAAAAACCAGCAAUUAGAUGCAAAACGAACGAAAACUAGCGAGGAGAAUAGUCUGGCAGACAAAGCAAAGCAGGGCACAGAAAAGAUGAUUGAAUUAGAUUACUAUAUCAGCUCGGAUGAAGAGUUGUGA